AUGGGUAGUGGGACAUCAAACAAUCAAUUAAACAAUUAUAGGAUGCUAUCGCUACUUUAAGAGCCAGAAAGACUGAAAACAGAUCCAAGUGAUUUUAAUCUCAGAUGGGAUGAUACAACUUUGUUUUCGCAUAAAAAUAAACUUAAACAUUAGACUAAUCUCCUUGAAAUAGUCAGAAAUGUUCCUUCAAAAAUAGUUCUAAAUUAAAAUCCAUCAAACUUACAAGCCUUCAAUUCUAAGUCGCCAGGAAUCAAAACGCCAUUUCUUGACUAUGUUACUACUAAUCUGAUUGAUGUUGUUCGGAAAUCAAACAAAAUGGAGGUAAGAAUGAGUAUAUUGUAUGAGAAAGUAGAAAUAUCAAUGGAAAAAUAUUUGAGUAUUAAGGAAUCCUAGAUGCUGAGCUCUUAGAGGCAGAAACAACCCAGGAAAUCUUUAUAAGUCUAACACACUCUAGAGGUGGUCCAAACUUCGCAUUUAGAGAAGAGCGUAAAUGAAGAAGGCAUGGCAUAAAUCAACUAAUAUACUAUCUUAGAAUCUCUGGGACAAGGAGCCUUUGGAAAAGUUAAAAAAGCAUCAAAUUUUAAAGGCGAAAUCUUUGCGAUUAAAAUUGCAAAUAAAAAAAAGCUGAAAAAGAAACUGCUUUCGAAAUCAAAUGCUUACACGAUGCUUGAAAGAGAAAUUGCAAUCAUGAAAAAAAUUUCUCAUGAAAAUGUUGUUCAAUUAUUUGAAGUCAUUGAUGACCCAAACAAAGAUAAAUUAUACUUAGUGAUGGAGUACAUGGGCAAAGGAAGUAUCUUAAGCAAAGGAUUCUUUAAAAAAUAGAAAACCUCUUCAAAUAUACUUGAUGAAAUUGAUGACAAAAAUCCUGUCUCUAGAUUAACAGAAGAGUAGUGUAGGCAUUAUUUUUCUGAUUUUAUCAAAGGAUUAUAUUACUUGCAUGAAUGUGUCAAUGUGAUUCACAGAGAUAUCAAACCAGAAAAUCUAUUAGUCAACAUCGAAAAUUAACUUAAAAUUGCAGACUUUGGAGUUUCCCACAUUAUGGAAGAUGGAGGAGAUGGUCGAAUAUCAAAUUAGACAGGUACUCAAGCAUACUUAGCUCCAGAAGUAUUUAAAGGUAUGAAUCCUCUCAAUCAUUUAGGAUAGAAUUUCGAUGGAAAGCCAGUUGAUAUUUGGGCAGGAGGAGUCACUUUAUAUUAAAUGGUCUAUGGAAAAUUGCCAUUCACAAGUUAAAAGUCUAUGGAGUUAAGAUAACAAAUUUUGGAAGAGAAUCCUCCUUUCUCGUAACCCUAAGGAUUUUCUAGUUCAGUUAUUAAAUUAUUGCAGGGUUUAUUAUAAAAGGUUCCUGAGAAAAGGUUGAAAAUUGAUUAGAUUAUUAUGGAUGAUUGGGUCACUGAUUUUGGUAAGUAGCCAAUUAUUAAUUAAUAUAUUGAAUAUGUCGAUGUCACAGAGAUGGAUAUUCGAUUUGCCUUAACUAGUCUCAAUAUUUAAAUGGCUUUGAAAAUAGUUGUAAAAUUAUUGUAUCAGGCUAAGAAAGCUAGAAGGAAGAUUGCAGAAAGAAAAAAUAUGAAAAAAUGA